AGCUUGUUUUUUUUAGAUUACUAUCUUGCUAGUUCAAGUGUCCUGAUUUUAUCAGAUGACGUGCUGUAGUUUGCAUUACUUUCUCAAGGAAAUAACAUUGCUCCUUCCGCUAAAUGUGACUGUGGAUAUUUAAUCGGCACAGUCCAACUGGAGUGCAGCCAGGAUGAGUAAGUUGGAGCUCUUUUGUGUAGCACCAACAACAAGGCGACGUUUGCAUCAAUGGUUUCACGUGUGACAGGGAGCUUAAUAAAAGGAGCCCUCGAGCGGGUGUGGCACUUAGACCUGGGAUGCUGUCGUCCUCCGCAGAACCAGAUGGGAACAGCUUACGAGUCAUUUGUGAAUAGACCUUAGAUAGAGAGAACAUGUUUGUGAACGCUGCCUACACGUGCGACUGUGUAACUGAUGGCAGUGCCUGUGCACAAUGCAGAAUGUCGUCCAAGGACAAGAAGAUGGAGGAGACCAGCGCCUCGGGCGAACCCCACCAGCACGUGGCGCUCGGUGGAGCUGGGGGGGAGCAGGGCCGACACUGGGGAUGGAUGCUGUCCGGGAUCGUCUGCGUCAACAUUAUAAUCCUGGGCUGUACCUUCGUGACCGCCACGGCCCACAACAGCAUGAACAUCAGCGCUUCGGACCUCCAGGCUUUUCUCAUCUUCCUCAUCCUCAUCACCUCCAGCUGGAUACUCUAUUAUACCAUCUACACAGCCAGGACAAAGGACGCAGUUGUUUACAAGGACGGCCAUGCUGGACCGAUUUGGCUCCGGGGAGGGCUUGUGUUAUUUGGACUGCUCAGUAUUAUCAUGGAUAUUUUCAAGAUCGUCAGCUACGCCGGCUACCUCGAGUGCGAGUCUGCAGUUAAAGUCGCUUUCCCCGUGGUGCAGCUUCUCUUUGUAUUCGUGCAGACAUACUAUUUGUGGUUUCACGCCAAGGACUGUGUGCAGCUACAGAAGAACUUCACACGCUGCGGCCUGAUGCUCACCCUGUCCACUAAUCUAGUUCUGUGGAUGUCGGUGGUCACUGAGGAAUCCAUUCAUCAAACAACCCUUCCUGAAUAUUCAAACCAGACCUCUAAACUCUCUGGACGAAGCCUGUACAUGUAUAAAGCAAGUCACGCGCAUGAGUGCAAGUGCAGCCACACAUCCUGCAGCCUCUUCCAGGAGGCCUACUACUACCUGUACCCUUUCAAUAUCGAGUACUGUCUCUUCGCCUCUGCCAUGACGUAUGUCAUGUGGAAAAACGUUGGCCGAGUCGCGGACGAACACACCCACCACAAACUCAACUUCCGGAUCAAGGACGUGUUUCUUGGCCCUGUGCUGGGAAUCCUCCUGGUGGUGGCAGGUUUGGCAACCUUUGUAGUGUAUGAGACGGAAAUCCUCAAAAGCGGCGAGGAUAAGGUCAGGAAAGACAAAGCCGUGAUGAUUCACUAUGUCAUGAAUAUAGUCAUAGUGACCCUGAUGUCUGUCUGCACCGUGAUCGGCCUCGUUAUAUUCAAGAUGGACCAAAGGGAGCAUGUGUCGGAGAAAAACCCCACGCGCAGCCUGGACGUGGCGCUGCUCCUGGGGGCCUCGCUGGGUCAGUUUGUCCUCAGCUAUUUCACCACCUUAGCAACGGUGGCAACAGGAGUCCUAGGAUACUUAAACGGCCUCAACCUGUCCUGGGCCAUUCUCCUAGUGGUCCAGCUCGGCCUGCAGAACGUGUUCAUUAUUGAAGGUCUGCACAGGGAGCCAUUCCAUGAUCUGCACCCCGGUACCGUUAUUGUGAAUCCAUACUCGCAUGCAAGUAAAGGGGUGGACGGCUUAGAGUUGGGAAUGGGCAUGAAGCCCAGCCAAGGACUCGAAGGGCAUGGCCACGCUGCUGACAACGGGCCCAGGCUGUGGAGAAGGUGGAUCUUGAAAGAGGUCUGCAUGUUUCUACUGCUGGGGAACGUGAUGCUGUGGAUCAUGCCAGCGUUUGGUGCUCGUCCCCAGUUUGACCUCAGCACUGAAAUGAACUUCUAUGGUUUCAGCCUGUGGGCUAGUGUUGUCAACGUGGGACUUCCAUUCGGCAUUUUCUACCGCAUGCAUUCGGUCGCCGGUCUUUUUGAGGUGUUCCUUACAUCUUAAUGCUGCUAUUAAUUCACUAUUUUGUAUAAUUUGCACGUUGACAUUUUAUACCUUUUCUAUCACAAUGUUUUUUUUUCUUUUUUUGUAAAGUACUUACAAAUAGUAUCAAUAAACAUCAGUAUGCUGUGACCAAUUAUGUAAAAUAAAUAUGUACAUAUGUGAUAUGUUUUGACAAUUUAUGUAUUCAAAAUGUUAUUUUGGAGGAUUCAAAUGCAUUUAUAUAAUUGAGUGUGAUGCUGAUAUUAUAUAUUUUAAGCUUCAGGCUCUGUAUUCAAACAAUUAAUAAAAAAGAGAAAUGAGA